AUGGUGACGUUCGGAGAUAUCCAAGAGGCGCACGGCCGCGUCGCGCCAUACACCCACUACACGCCUCUCCUCACCAACCAGGCGAUCGACACGCUCGCAACGCAAGCCCUCUUCGGCCCAGCCUCUGCUUCCCCGUCCUCCCAAGCACGCAUACGCCUCGGCUUCAAAGCCGAGCAUCUUCAGCGAGUAGGUGCCUUCAAGUACCGCGGCGCCACCAACUCCGUCCUCGUCCACCUCGCCGCCGCCAAAACCGAACACGAGGCAUCUUCCACUUCCUCCCGAACCACCGACUUCAAUCCCGAAAAGCUCGUGGUGGUGACGCACUCCAGCGGCAACCAUGCAGCGGCGCUCGCGUGCGCUGCCAAGUCAGCUGGGUGUAUCGCCGCCGUGGUGAUGCCGGACAACGCACCCAAGCCGAAGAAGGAGGCGGUGGCGGGGUACGGUGCGAGGAUCACGUUUUGCAAGCCUACGCUAGAGGCGCGUGAGUCGACAGCAAAGGCAGUGAUGCAAGAGUAUGAAGCGAAAGGGUAUACGGUCAAGUUUGUGCAUCCUUACGAUGAGCCGUUGGUGAUCGCUGGGCAGGGGACAAUGGCGUUGGAGAUGCUGGAUCAGGCACCGCAGUUGGAGGCGAGGGCUGCGUGCUCCCAUGCAGCCGAGGUUCAGUCGUCGAAUGCAAGGACGCUUCAUGGAGCGAGAAACGUUCCUCCUGCUGGUCCGAAGGCAGAAGCAGCUUGGCAGAAGAGGCCCGACACCGAGCCCGUAUUCGACAUAAUUAUCGCACCUGUCGGAGGAGGAGGCAUGCUCUCUGGCGUCUCCACCGCGGUCAAAGGAGCCGACGACAGAAUCAUCGUCAUCGGAGCUGAACCAGAUCUCGUCAACGACGCUUUCCACUCCUACCAAACAGGCUCAGUCCAAAUUCCACCCCAACCGCCCAAGACCAUCUGCGACGGCCUUCUCACCUCGCUCUCUCCCCUUACUCUCGAACACAUCCAGAACAACGUCGAUGGCAUCGUCACAGCUCGCGAGGAAAACGUGCUCAAAGCACUCGAUCUGCACUGGACGCGUCAGAAGCAGUUUGUCGAACCAAGUGCAGCCGUCGGCCUCGCGACCGUUCUGCAAGGCUUCAACGAAGCAGCUGAGCAGCAGACCGGCGGUAUCCCCGCCGAUGAGACGGAUCGAUCGCUCUGGGGUAUCCAAGAUUGGGUUCGUCACGUUGCCCAAGAAAAGACGCAGCGCGGCGAGGCGCAGCCAGAGAUCCGUAUUGGGAUCGUGUGGAGCGGAGGCAACGUCGAAGUCGGCAAAGUAGCAGCCAAGUUUGAAGAGUACGGAUUGUAA